AUGGGGGUCACCAAAGACCACCAUCACCUACAAGGGCCACCAGAGACCUCCACCCUACAGGGGACACCAGAGACCACCACCCUACAGGGGACACCAGAGACCACCACCUACAGGAGACAACCAGAGACCACCACCCUACAGGAGACAACCAGAGACCACCACCCCCUACAGGAGACAACCAGAGACCACCACCCUACAGGAGACAACCAGAGACCACCACCCCCUACAGGAGACAACCAGAGACCACCACCCCCUACAGGAGACAACCAGAGACCACCACCCCCUACAGGAGACAACCAGAGACCACCACCCUACAGGGGACAACCAGAGACCACCACCCUACAGGGGACAACCAGAGACCACCACCCUACAGGGGACAACCAGAGACCACGACCCCUACAGGGGACAACCAGAGACCACGACCCCUACAGGGGACAACCAGAGAACCACCACCCUACAGGGGACACCAGAGAACCACCACCCUACAGGGGACAGCCAGAGACCACCACCCUACAAGGGACAACCAGAGACCACCACUCUACAGGGGACAGCCAGAGACCACCACCCUACAGGGGACACCAGAGACCACCCCCUACAGGGGACACCAGAGACCACCACCCCCUACAGGUGACAACCAGAGACUGCCACCCCCUACAGGGGACACCAGAGACCACCCCCUACAGGGGACACCAGAGACCACCACCCCCUACAGGUAACAACCAGAGACUGCCACCCCCUACAGGAGAUAACCAGACACCACCACCCUACAGGGGACAACCAGAGACCCCCACCCCCUACAGGGGACAACCAGAGACCACCACCCCCUACAGGGGACAGCCAGAGACCACCACCCCCCUACAGGGGACACCAGAGACCACCACCUGUUACAGGGGACAACCAGAGACCACCACCACCCUACAGGAGACAACCAGAGACCACCACCCCCCUACAGGGGACAACCAGAGACCACCACCCCCUACAGGGGACACCAGAGAACCACCACCCUACAAGGGACAGCCAGAGACCGCCACCCUACAGGGGACAGCCAGAGACCACCACCCUACAGGGGACAACCAGAGACCGCCACCCUACAGGGGACAACCAGAGACCACCACCCCCUACAGGGGACAACCAGAGACCACCACCCCCUACAGGGGACACCAGAGAACCACCACCCUACAGGGGACAGCCAGAGACCGCCAUCCUACAGGGGACAGCCAGAGACCACCACCCUACAGGGCACAACCAGAGACCGCCACCCUACAGGGGACAGCCAGAGACCACCACCCUACAGGGGACAGCCAGAGACCGCCACCCUACAGGGGACAGCCAGAGACCACCACCCUACAGGGGACAACCAGAGACCGCCACCCUACAGGGGACACCAGAGACCGCCACCACUCUACAGGGGGACACCAGAGACCACCACCCUACAGGGGACAACCAGAGACCACCACCCCCUACAGGUGGCAACCAGAGACCACCACCACUGUACAGGAGACAGCCAGAGACUACCAUCCUACAGGGGACAACUAG